AUGGAGCAACUUGUUGAUUUGUGUCUCAGCAAUGGGAUAAUUAAGGCUCCUGGUGGAGGAGAUUCCGGAGGUUCAUCUGUUGUUGGUGUUAUUACUGCCACCGGAGGUAAAGGAGGUACUGGUGGUGGUGGAGGUCGUGGUUGUGGUGGUGUUGGUGUUGGUGAAUCCAUCGGUGUUGGUGGUGGUGGUGGUGGUGGUGGUUGUGUUGAUGGUGGAAGGAAAAAUUUAUACUCUCUCAAAGUGACCAGUAAACCUUUGAAAGAACCCAUGGCCUCUUAUCUUAAUAAUCGAGGGUACAAAGUUUGGAAUCUCUCCGAGGAACCGAUAAUCGUUCAAUCAACACCAAGUUAUCAUAAUAAAAAAAUUUCUCCCUCACUUCGUUCACGUAAUUAUUUAGGAAAAUUGAUUGAAGAAACGGUUACCGAUCAAUUGGAUUGA